AUGAAUUCAGUUGCAGAAAUGAUUGGCAAAGUAAUGGAGGGAACUGAGGAACCAGUGAAGUUGCGAGGCAUAGAAUGGAAUGCUUAUCUCUUACUUUUCAGGAGGCAUGCAUUUGCUGGUGUGAACCCUGAUGAUCAUGGAAAACUUCAACGGAUUGGCGACCAAAUAGCGAAGAAGCUGUGGGGGUCUCCUUUGGGGGCAAAUGUUGUGGGAGGAAUGUUGAAUUCUAACUUGAAGUUUGAGUUUUGGAAAGAGGUCUUGGAAAAUGGCGUUUUCAAUUCAAUACAGAAUGGGGACUUCCAGCCAGUACUGAGAUUUAGAUACAUUCAGUUUUCACCACAGCUACAGCAUUGUUUUAGAUAUUGUAGUAUAUUUCUCCAAGACUAUCUAUUUGAAAGGGAUGAGUUGGUCCGUAUGUGGAUGGCCGCAGGGUUAAUCCAGCAGUCUGAGGAUAAGAAGAGAAGCCCAGAAGAUAUAGGCUGUGAGUCCUUCGAUAGUCUAUUAUGGAAAUCUUUCUUCGAUUGGGCUCUCUACUGGGUUGGUACGAAUACCACAUACUAUGUCAUCCAUGAUCUACUACAUAAAAUGGUAUGCUCUGUCUCCAAGGAUGAAUGCUUGGGAGUUGAUUACAGCAAGCCAAACCCAAGAGAUAACCCAACCACCCUUCGUCACUUAUCUAUCAUGGUUGAUGAUCCACUUGUGCUCAGCAAAGUGCCUCGGUUAAAAAACUUGCACACUCUUGUCCUAUGGAUUCAUGGUCAUGAUCGCAGAUGGGAUGUUAUGGUUAAUAAGGUGCUCAAAGGAUUCAAAAACUUGAGGGUUCUGAAAUUAGAGUCAUCUGCCACUUGCAAGCAUAGGUCUCUGAAUGAGAUUGAUGAUCUAAAACACCUCCGAUACUUGCAUCUUGACAAGAUUGUUGAUACAACUUCAUUGACUAAAUCAGUGUACAAGCUCUAUCACCUGCAGACCAUGAUUGUUCUAUGCUUGGAUCCUUCUACAAAAAGAAUAGGUGAAGGCAUGAAAAGCCUGAUUAACUUGCGACAUCUGAUCCUGCCGUCGGAGUUGGACAAAUUCCAUGUCAGGGAGGGCAAUGGCUGCAAGAUAGGUGAGUUAAAGCACUUGAAAGAGCUCCGUGGCGAGCUACACAUCAAGAAUCUUAAGAAUGUGAGAAGCUGCGAAGAUGCUAGGGAGGCUGAGUUGCAUAAUAAAGAGCAUCUCCGCAUACUAGUGCUGCAAUGGGAUACAAAUUCGAGUAGCACUUCUGAGGUGGCAGCAAAUGUAAUUGAUGGCCUCGGACCACAUUUUUGCCUUGCAAAUCUGAAAAUUAUUGGCUACAGUGGUGCUUGUCCUCCAUGUUGGUUGGAAACUCGAUAUCUCGCCAUGCUAGAAUCCAUUACUUUGAGCAAUUGCGAAGAGUUGGAACUCCUCCCACCCCUUGAGGAGCUGCCUUUCCUCAAGUUUCUAUCUCUUGAAAAUAUGAGGGCAUUGAGACAAGUUGGUCAUGCAUUCCUUAGGCAUAAUAUGGUCACUUCUUUUGGAAGGUUGGAGGUUCUGAAGUUUAGGAUGGUCGAUGGUUUCCUUGCCUCAAGUUCCUCAAGAUCGAGCACUGCUCUAGGUUGA